UGAACUGGGUGCAAACCUCAUUGAAGAUAGCCAUAGGCAAUCACGUCUCUUCAAGUCUACUGGAAACGCUUUGCACUCUCGAUGCCUUCACCUCGGGCAAGUAGGGGUAGUCCGAUAAUCCCGAUGCAUGCCCCUAUUUACACCUUGUUUCUUCUAACAAAACUCCAUGUGCCUUUCAUUCACUCAUGUGCAACAUCAUCCCUUUCCUGUUCGAGUAGGCUAGGCGAGUCAAUAUAAGUAUGAUGAAAACCCAAAAAAUCAUCGUUGGUGGUGAGCAUGGUAAAAAAUAAAGAAAGAAGAUUGGGAAAGGAUAUACAUAUCUUCUCAAGCAAUAUUUUCUUAAGAAUGGUUAUCUCUGCCAUUGCCCUGUCUCUUUCCUAACAAAUUCUUCACCUCUUUUUCUAGAGUAGAUGCUUUCAACGAAACCGUCGCUAGCAUCUCAUCAACCUUAAACAAACAAACAAAUGUUGUUAAGUUAUUCACGCAAAUAAAAUAAAAAGUCAUCACCUUUAUUAUCGACUCUCUCAAGGCGUCUAUUUCCUUCUUCAACUCCGCAACAUCAUCACUUUUUUCCUUUGUCGGGUCUAUAUAAAGAAAAAGAAGAAAAAAGAAAGAGAUUUUAAUAGACUCCACAUAGUAUAUUAUCUUAUUGUAUAAUACCUAUAUAUAAAAAAAGCUAACUGAAACAAAGGGAUGAAAAUAUGUCGGAAACAUAAAAAAAAUGAUUGGAAUGCCCCGCCAUUGUACUCCACUUAUCUCAGCCGUUGACAGGAAGAUUGGAAAUUUAAACAGCUAGAACAAGUAGGGAGGCUCAUUCUUAUCAAGCAUGUCCUCAACGCUCUUCCUAUCUACUUCUUUAGAUCUGGUACCAUUCCCAAAUCUGUCCAGAGAAUACUUAGAAGAUGUCAAGAUUUUGGUGGGGAAACAAACAUCAUGGAUCAGCUUGGAUGAGAUUUGUAAACCAAAAGAGGAGGGAGGCCUUGGUAUUAGGGAUCUCUGGAAGCUGCUUUCAGCCUUAAACUUUGUUGGAACUAAAAAACCAACACGAGUAUCUGGGCAAGACUGAUGCUUUCUAAAUACAAAAGAAAUGGUGACAUGGUUUCCCAUAUCAUUGGUUCCUCCAUUUGGAAACGAAUUCUAUGCAUUGACGAGAUUGUAGAGGCCAAAAACAAUGAACAUGUAGAUGGGAGCUAAACCUGGAACCCCACUUCUGAUAACUUAUUUAGUCUUUCUAGCACUUGUGAGGUAUGUAGAGUGGCUAACCCUAUUUGCAGAUCCUAUAAAUAUAUAUGGGGGAAAGGACAGAAACUCGAUGUCGGCAUCUUCACAUGGAAGCUCUUCAAAAAGUCCUUACCCACUCCAACUUCCCCACUGGUAUCCUUGGAAGACUAAUCAGAGAUCAUAAACUAGAGAUUCGCCACACACUCAGGCAAGCAAACAGACUAGCUGGUUUUCUGUGCGAUCU